CGCCCCUCCACUCACUGAGAAGGAGGUUGAGAACGUGUUUGUACAACUGUCCUUGGCCUUUAGAAAUGACAGCUAUACCCUGGAAUCUAGAAUUAACCAGGCUGAAAGAGAACGCAACCUGACAGAAGAGAACACUGAGAAGGAACUGGAAAACUUCAAAGCUUCCAUUACGUCCUCAGCUUCACUCUGGCACCACUGUGAGCACCGGGAGACCUACCAGAAGCUGCUGGAGGACAUCGCUGUCCUGCACCGCCUGGCCGCACGCCUCUCCAGCCGAGCUGAGAUGGUGGGGGCCGUUCGCCAGGAAAAGCGCAUGUCGAAGGCAACAGAAGUAAUGAUGCAGUAUGUGGAGAAUCUGAAGAGGACAUAUGAGAAAGACCAUGCAGAACUCAUGGAGUUUAAAAAACUUGCAAAUCAGAAUUCAAGCCGCAGCUGUGGCCCCUCUGAAGAUGGGGUCCCUCGCACAGCGCGGUCCAUGUCCCUCACGCUGGGAAAGAAUAUGCCCCGCCGGAGGGUCAGCGUUGCCGUGGUUCCCAAGUUCAAUGCCCUGAAUCUGCCUGGCCAAUCUCCCAGCUCAUCACCCAUCCCCUCUUUACCAGCCUUGUCAGAAUCACCCAAUGGGAAAGGCAACCUACCUAUCACCUCAGCACUGCCUGCACUUUUGGAAAAUGGAAAGACAAACGGAGAGCCAGAUUGUGAAGCCCCUGCUCCUGCGCCAACCCCAGGCUGCCUGGAGGAGGCUGGUCAGGAGACCAAGGCCAAGGCGGAGGAAGAAGCCUACAACAAGGGAUACCAGGAGGGUCUAAAGAAGACCAAAGACCUUCAAGACCUGAAGGAGGAGGAGGAAGAACACAAGAGUGAGAGCCCUGAGGAGCCUGAAGAGGCAGAAGAAACUGAGGAAGAGGAAAAGGAUCAGAGAAGCAGCAAACUUGAAGAAUUGGCCCAUUUCUUACAAGUCAUGUAUCCCAAACUGUGUCAGCACUGGCAAGUGGUCUGGAUGAUGGCUGCAGUGAUGCUGGUCUUGUCUGUGGGGCUGGGGCUCUACAACUCCUAUAACUCUUGUGUGGAGCAGGCCGAGGAGCCCCUUGGAAGAUCCACUUGCUCAGCAGCUCAGAGGGACUCCUGGUGGAGCUCAGGACUCCAGCACGAGCAGCCUACAGAGCAAUAGGAAACCUGACACCUACCCAGUGCCCUACUGCAGUACACUCAGUCUACCACCCUUUCCCCAAGUAUAGUGUCAGACCCAGGUGUGAACACACUGCUGCCCAUCCCAACAGGGAAUGAGGAGGGGUUCUUUUCACACUCAGCACCUCUGUGGGAGCUAUUCAUACACAGUAACUUGAUGUUCUUGGAGGAUCAAUGAAACUACCCCAGGAAAGCAUCCAGUGGACGAAGAAGUCAUCUUCACCAAGGAACUCUAACCGAAGGGAAGGUCUUCUGCCCCUAGCUCAGAUGGCCGGGGAGAACUAAAACACCUUCACUGGAGGGACAGUGAGAUGCUCUCUCUCCCCCUUUUCCUCUUUCCAAUCAGUUAUCAGGAAGAAUUGUGCUUAACAAUGAACACUGACCCUAAGGAUCAGACCUGGAAUUUGGAGCCACAACAUGAAUAUCUUCCCAUUUCCCAUCUCAUUUUCAAUGACUAUCCUUCAGCCUCCCCUUCUCCCCUUUGGAAUCAGAGUUUCUUUUUACAGAAGAAAGGUUUCUCAGAAUAAUGUAUAGGCUGAAUUUAGCUCAGUGCUUGAAAUGAAAUGGGAAGAUGUGAAUUAAUAUAUGAGGGUACUUCAAAAGGUUCAAGGAAAGAUUAGUAUUAUCUUUUGAUUCCAUUUUCCCACAAACUUUUUGAAGUACCCUUGUAUAUGCAUCUAUAUGCACACACAACACACCCACAUACACACAACACGCAUGCACAUGAAGCCAAUGACCCUCCAAAAGUGUGCCCUGGAUAAAUAAGAUGCAUGUCAAGCCAACCCACAGAUUUUCACUAGGUGUGGGGCAGUCACCGGAUGCCUGUUCAGUGAGCUCUCCACAUGGAUUGAAGAUGUUUGAAAAACACUGAAAACUGAUGGCUUCAACAGAAGACUUGCCGGUCUUCAUUUCCAAUGCCAGUUCUAAGCUUCUGUACAGCACAGUCUAUUCCCUAUUUGUUCUCUACCUUUGAAAGCAGUCAACUCACUUCUCGGGUGAAUGAAAAGAAAUGGUGUGCUUUCAGCUUUGGUCUCUUACUCUGUGUGUGUGCCCACAUGCAAGGGUGCAGUUGUACCUUAGUGCUUCUAUUCAAAUGGGAUUUCCAACCCAAGUGUAUGUUUCAGGGCAUUCCCAACUAUUCAGUACAAAACUGAAGCAGCACAUCCCAUCUCCAAUUUGACUUCUCUCCCACCUUUACAGCCACUGCCUUCAUUCAGCCCUCAUCAGUUUUUUGCAGGUGUUGGUUUCUGUGUGGGUUUUGUUGUGGUUGGUUUGCUUUUGUUUCUGUUUUUUACUGAUAUUGUUUGCCUUUGUUGCUGACAUUCAUAUCAAACUUACUAUGAGCCAAGCACUGCUCUCAGUAUUACACAGGCAUCAAUUAAUUUAGUCCUCAAGAAAAAGAAA